AUGGGCGGGGCCGCGAUUUCACCCGCUAUUGUUGCCGCCGGCCGAUAUGCGGUCAUGGUUGCGGCUGCCGUCCAACAGCAAAUGCGGUGUUGUAUGCCCGCGGUGGUAGAUAAUCAACUUCAGAAAUUCGAAACUGACCCGGAAAUCAGGCAGCUUGUUGGCCCAUCACAAAUAGCUUUUGCCGGAUUGCUUCAUGCGCCACCGGCGGAACGACGUAACGCAUUAUUGCAAAGCUGUGUUGAUCGGCAACAACCUCGUUUACCCAUCACAUUUACGCAGUUUGGUUAUAACAGCGAUUUUCCUUUGUCUUCAUGUACAGUCGGUCAGGAGGAGAUAAUAUUUGAAAGUCGAUUUAUCCUGAAUGGUGUUUGCGUAAUUCUACGUGGUAUCCUGAAUCGUGAAUUAAUGACAGGUUCUAGUACUUUACAAUUUGAUGAAGAAAAAGCUGCCGAAGAGGAACUUCAUCGACAACAAGCAAUGCAACAAUAUGGUGAUCGGAUACAUGCCAUUCGGCAAAGGUUUAAUUUGCCGCAAAGUUGA